GAUCUAUGCUCUCGAUCGACGUGCCGGGAACUAACUCUAAUUGUGCCCCACCUGGUCUUUAGAAGAGGAGAGAGCGAUUCUCGUCAAAAAACCACAAACCACAUGUUCGUCUCGUUAUUACAACCUUCCCUCUUCAUGUCCCUAAUUUCCAGGAGCUACGCGCAAAUCCCUGGAUUCCGGUGGUUCUUAACAGCGAUGGCCAUUUAUUCGAGUCCUUGGGUGGCACCAUCCGAUUUUCAACAAGGUGAAAAUUAUCGAAUGAUCUAUGUACAUGUCCCUGCAGCUCGGAUGAGUCUGCUCGUUCAUAUCGCAGUGGCUAUCAGCAGUUUUCCGUUCUUGUUGACAAAACAUCCCCUUUUGCCCCGCUUUUCCGGAACCGGUCUGGGAAUAGGUGCUUUCCCCACAUUGUUGACCUUAGUAACUGGAGGGUUUCGGGGGAAACCUAUGCGGGGCACCUUUCGGGUGUGGGAUGCUCGUCUAACCCCUGUAUUCAUCUCGUCCUUCAUUUAUCCGGGUGCACUGUGCUUCCAAAAGCUCUCUGUCGAACUGGCUUCUAUCUCCAUCCGUAUUGGACUGAUCAAUAUACCAAUCACUAAGUCCCCUGUCAACUGGUGGAAUACACCGCAUCAACCUGGGAGCAUUAGCCAAUUCGGUACAUCGAUACAUGUUUCCAUGCCCAUUCCAAUCUUGUUCGACUCUGCUAACUCCCCCUUCCCAACCUGUAUCUCGCUUGUUUUGGAAACACGUCUUCUAACUCCAUCCCCUCUCGAAUCUUCAUUCAUUACGGAAGCUCGCCCCUACUAUUCUAUGGCUCCGAAUGAGGGAUUUAUGCGGGAACUAGCUCCAUGAUGCCCCCUCGUGCCCAAACCCGAUCAUACUGUCACUCAUUUCACUUCGUGAUGAUGAGGCAAUAGAACCCCCCGAUAUCGAGCCCCCCCCCUCCUUAUUCGUUGAUUCUAGCAAGCUGAUUAAUUAAGCCCCUACUAUUCUAUGGCAUCGGAGGAUAGCCCCCUUUAGAAUAGUAGGGGCCAUAUAAUUUGAGGGGCCCUCUCCCAUAGAAUUGUAGGGCGAGCCCCCGCCCAAUAAUCUACAAUUAUUAUUGGGGGGGGGGCGAAGGGCCCCCGCCCAAUUCUAUGGGGCGCAUUAAUCUACCAUAGAAUGUCGAGGGCUUUAUUGAAGCCUGCGUCUAAAAUAGUUCUAGAAUCGACGCUCAAAUAGUUCUAGAAUCGAGCUAUAGAUUGGGAGGGAGGGCCCCUGGGGGGGGGCGGGAGGAAGAGGCGGCUGGCCCCUACUAUUCUAAUGGGCGCCGACCCCUGGAAGAGUUAUGGCGCUUCUGGAACCCCAGGGAAUUCUAGUUUCGGUUCAUUAUUCUGCAGGGUGAUAACUAUGCCCCCCACAAUUGAAUCUACCUCCAAGUUAUUCUAGCGUAUUCAUUAGGAGCGUAUUCUCAAUUAAUGUACGCCUGCUACAGAACGCAAGCUAAUUAAUUACUACUAUUUUAGCUAGCAGGUUUAUCCAUAGAAAAUAGUAGGGCCGAAUUAAUUGACUGGGGGGCCCACACUAAUGGCAUCAGCCCGCUAGAAUAAGUGGCAACCCCGACAUGUCCUCUUGAUUAAUGUACGCCUGCUAGCCCCCCAUAGAAUAGUAGGGGCACUCGAUAGUUGGGGGGAGGCCCCUACGGGGGGUGGGUGGGGGGCAAUAGAUUAGGCCGGGUGUUCAUGGGGAAUUCUAGUUCCCCUACGGGAAUAGAACCCCCCAGGGGACCUCCAACUAUAUACCGACUAGAAUUCGUCAAUUCGAGCAGUGCCCUACUAUUCUAAGGAUGCGUCCCCCAGCCCCCGGCUGGGGGUAGGGAAUCCCCAUAGAAUAGUAGGGGCACUCGUGCCGUUGCUAGCCCUACUAUUCGCUUUCUCGCCCUCCAGUAAACACUCGAUAGUUGGCAGCAGGGUGGGAAACUAUAGUUGCUUAUUCUAGCAGGUUAUUCUAGCGGGCUGAUUCCCUCGACAUUCUAUGGAGUGUGGGCCCCCCUGCCAUUAAUGUACGCCUGCUAGAAGAAUUGAAUAGUAGGGCCCCUACAAUUCUGGGGGCAUAACCGGGGGGAGGUAGAUUCAAUUGUGGGGGGCAUAGUAUGGCAGUGGGGGGGGACUUAUAGCACUAGGGAGGGAAUAGUUGUUGGCCCUUAGAAUAGUAGGGGCCCUCCCACCCUGCAUUUCGGGUGGGGGGGGGGUAAUUAUAGGGGCCCGGGCUAACCUCCUUUCUCGAUUCCGCACGAUCGAAUACUCAGUGAGCUACAUAAGCAAAAUCGAGAAGCCCCAAUAUAGAGAGGUAGGAGCCCAGUUAUAGAGAUAGGGGGGGCCCUACUGUCUAUAGGGUGUUUCGAAUCCGGACUCAAUAGUCGGUUUUCUGGUAUACGUUUACCUUUAUAGGCGUGGUCCGCUAUUUAAUCCCCUCCAAAAAAAGACCCAACCCCGGGGCUAAAUGCCUUGACUGGGGGAGGCGGUCGAGAGCAUAAUACUGUACUCUACUACAUGGCAUCUACUACAUAGCAACUAUGGACUUGGACUCGGACUACUAGGGUGGAGAGACGGGACGUAUUCCGACAAAAUGCUAUUGAUUCCAAGAGGACUAUGACGAGGAGGACGACAGA